AUGAGUGUAAGCUGCACUCUUUCAAACCCAAAACGCUCAGGAAAUAAUAGAGGUAGAUCCACUUCAAAAGUGUCAAUGGAAAUUAUGCAUGCCAAAAAACGAAGCUUAACUCGGUCAAGUAAUAUAAAAAAACAGCUUAAAACACAAAAUAAAGAAAUUUCACAAUCAGAAGUUAAAAUUAAAGAUCAGAAAAAAUCUAGAGCAAAAGCACAUGCUGGAGAUACUGCAAUUGAUGAGCCAAAUGAUGAAGUUUUUAAGACUCUAAAAAAUUCAGAAAAAUCUGAAAAUCCAAAUAUAAAAUUUUGGAUAAAAAUCGAUCCAUGCGAUUUUUCUUUAAAUUUCCUAGAAUUACCUGAAACUGUAAAUCCUUAUUGACUGCUUAUAGAAGAUAUGAAAAAAAUCUUAUCUUUUAGUGAAAUUUUUGUGAGAAAUGUAAACGCUCUUAUAGAAUAUAUAGCACCUCAGUCCUUAUUGAUUUCGAAGGAAGAAAAUUGUUUUUAUUUUAAAAUAUUCUGAAUUGCAAAUUUAAAACUGAUAAAUAGGAGAUAUAAGGUUGAUGUUUUUAGAAAUUCUUUUUAAAAAAAUCAUUAUCCUUAAAGAUCUAUAAAAGGGUACGCGCUAUAACUUUGUUGGAUGAAAAAAGUGCCUAGGAGAUGGUAAUUGCUAUUAUCGUGCAGUCAUGCAUUGCUACCUUUGAAAUAUUUUUAAUGUCUCCACAAAUUUACAAUGCUCUACAUCCCUGCUUAAUUUUAUUGAGCAAAUAAAUUUUUUACCUAACUCCCCCCCUCCGUGAGUGAACAAAACCAUUAGAAAUCUCUAUUUUUUGCCUAAAAAAACCACCCUCUGUGAGCGAACAAAAAUUUUAGUAAUAUAAAAUUUUUUAUGGAAAAAAAUUUUGAUAUAUAAUUGAUAAUUAGAAAAAUAAAAAUUUUGAGUUAAUUCUGUUUUAUUUUAAACAAAUUACGUUUUAAACAUAAAUUUCAUAAAUUAAAUUAAUAUUUACUUUCCCAAUUUUUGCGAAUUAGAUUUUUUAAAAUUUCUAAAAAAAAUUUGUUUUCUAUAAAAUUUAUAUAUAAUUUUUUUAAAAAAUAAAAAUUAAUCCCCUCCGUGAGCGAACAAAAAAAUCUUGUUCGCUCAUGGAAUGGUGAGUAAAGGUUUUGAAGAAAAGAAAGCAAAAUUCAUGGUAAUAAUUAACUAUUUGCGUAGAAUUAAGGCAAGAAAUCCAAUACAAGCUUUUGUGGAAUUUAAUAAAUUUACCCAAGAUGAAGAAUUUGAUAAUUUAGCCUUUUGCAUAGGAAGAUUAAUUGCUGCAAAAGCUCUAUGAGAAAAGCAAAAUGACCCACUUUUUCAGCCUUUUUUAUAUAAUGAUAUCAAUAUCUUUAUAGAAAAAAUUUUAACAAUCGGAGAAUGAGCAGAAGAUCUAGAUUUAUUGGCCUUACCAAUAGGUUUGAAUAUCCAGGUAAAAAUAUAUGGAUUUUUUAACGAUGCACUGAGCGUUACUUUGUACCCUGAAGAGUAUAAAAGUGAUGAAAAUGGUAUCCCACCCAUCUCUAUAGUGAGAAGAGGUGGUCAUUAUGAUAUUUUACGCUAUUUAUUAUAAUUAAAAUAAAUUUAAUACUUAUGAUAUAUAUUUAUUUUAUAAAAAAAAAAUUGUGUAUUUAUUAAAAAAAUUAUAUAUUCUAAAGAAGAAUGUGAUCGCGAUAGAUAUGAUUUCGAAACACAUACUUAUCACUUCGAAAUUGAAAAGAAUAAUUUUUUGCAGAAAUACUGAAAAACGCAGAAAAGAGACAAACUAUAG